AUGACCUCGCUCUUCCGCCGCCUCUUGCCCAAGCCCGUUGCCAACACCGGCUCUCAACUGCGUGACCACCAGGCUAAUGAGCGGACAUUUCUGUCCUGGACGCGUAUGGGGCUGGCCUUUGCAGCGAUGGGGUUAGCUUUCGGUCGCUUGGGUCUUAUUGAACACCUAUUCAAUCCUCGCGCCACGGUCCAACUACCUCAGGUCUCCCAGGUCUCCCAGGUUCACUCCACGAGCACCCAAAGCUCUGGCCAAAGCACGGAUCCAAAGCCAGAGCAUACCCUGAAGAACUAUACACCGUCGUCGAUAGGGAACAGCCCUGACCUCGUUGCCAGUCGACUGUGCCAGGCAAUCAGCGUCUGGUCGUUUGGAUAUGGCCUCUUCCGGUAUAUCUCAGUGAGGAGGAACCUCGGCAAGGGCCAAUUCGUUCCCGCGAUCUGGGGCCCAGUCCUCAUGACAUUUGGCACAUUUGGAGUGGUUGGUAGUGUC